AGGAGAUUUUGGAUAAAUCCGCAAAGCAAAUAAAAGAAACGAAAAAAUGGAUCCAACCUUGUACACUGCUGCGGUGGAAGGCAAUAUCAGUAAAGGUGAUUUUACACUUGCUGAAUAUCUGAAACGGGAAGAAGAAAAUGCGUACCAAGUCACUCCAACGGGAAACACAAUCUUACACGUGGCGGCACAUUAUGGCCACUCCCAUUUCGUGGCAGAAGUCCUUAAGAUUACUCCGGCGUUGUUAUGCCAUCCGAACAAGAAGAAUGAGGCUGCGCUUCACAUAGCAGCUAAUGAAGGUCACAUCGAAGUAGUCCACUUGCUACUUAGUAUAGAUGAGCAUUAUAAGGAGACACUCAUGAGGAUGACAGAUGAGAAUGGAGAUACAGCCCUGCACAAGGCCGUGCGAAGCCGACAUCAAGAUGUAGCCAGACUGUGGGUGAAAGAAGAUCCUGAAUUCGAAUUUCCAUCAAACAAGGCGCGGGAGACACCAAUGUAUCUGGCAGCUGAGUCUGGUCUUCGUGACGGUUUGGUUGAAAUCUUGAACACCUGCAAGCAACCAACUUCUUCUGCAGGUCCAUUAAAUCGAACACCUCUGCAUGCAGCAGUGAUUCAGGAACACAAGGGUAUGUACAUAAUUUUUUGCCGCUACUGUCACAAUAUUAACAUCUCUUUUCGAUCUUUGUUACUAUCUUUUGUUUCUUGUACUUCGACAAUCGUAUUAUUUUGUUGUAGUAUUGUUCUGUUUUGGACUGUUUUUUCUUCAGCUGAGAGUCUAUCGGAAACAGCCUCACCACCUCUGAGGUAGUGGUAAGGUCUACGUACACUCUACCCUUCCCCAAACCCACUUAGAGACUACACUAGGGAGUCUAAAUUUGCGUUGAUUUAACUCCUUAUCAUCAUCAUCUUUGACGCAUGCAUCCAGAUUGCGCGAGAUUGCUAAUGCAAUGGAAUAGAUAGUUGUGUGAGGAACCUGACGUGGGGGGUUGGAAUUCGCUGCACUUUGCUGCUCUUUUAGGAUUGAAAGAAGUAGUUUCCGAUAUGCUGGUGUGGAAAAGAUCCUUAGCCUACCUUCCAGCAGGCAGUGACAAUGACUGGACAACAGCAAUUCACAUUGCAGCCGGUGGAGGUAAGGUAGACGUUAUACAUACGCUACUAAAUCACUGCCCUGAUUGCUGGGAAAUGCUCGACAGCAACGGACGAAAUGCUCUUCACAUAGCCAUAUUCUGCAGUCGAGCAAAUGUGGUCAGUUACUUGUUGAAGCCCACAAAGUGGGAUAAGCUUAUCGAGGAUCCAGACAAUGAUGGCAACACGCCUCUCCAUUUGCUUGCUUCCUCUAAUUUUUGGGGCUAUGUGCCUCUGGAAUUAAAAGAUCAUCCCCGAGCAAAGAAGAUGUCAUAUAACAAGGACAACAAGACUCCUUUUGACGUAGCAGUGUCUUGCACAGAGUGGACGGCAGACAAGGAUAGAAUCGCGCCCAGCUUGUAUCACGAUUUCUUAAAUUCCAUUGUUCAAUUGGGACGGCGUUCACCCAAGCUGAACCAGAGGGAUCGGCAGAAGAUAAUUUUCAACCAAGCUAAGCAACGCGACAUAAAACAUUGUCAUACCCUAUUUUUACCUAAGGUCAAAACGAGCACGACAUUAUGGACUCUAAAAGAAUAAAUUAUGUACAGAGUCGCCAUCUAAUUUUUAAGGAAAAAUAGGAAGGAAAAAUAGGAAGCCUACUUAUUUAUUAACAAAUGCGACUUCAUUCUUAUCUACGAACCAAUUUAGAUUCUAGGUAAGGGUUCAAAUUAUUCCGAAGAGAAUGUAUUAGGCACCCUUCAGAAUCCACAAAUGUGGUUCCCGACCAGACUUAGGUUUAUAAAAAGAAAGAGGAAAAAUCAAUGUUUAUAAAUAUAGAUUUGAAAUAUGCAUUAAAAUAAUAUAAAUAAUUUAUAUAUAAAGAAUGUGUAAAUUGCAUAUGUUAUCGUAAAAAUAUGUGUAUAAAAAGUGUAUAAAAAUGAACAAAAAUACAUGAGAAUAUGUAUGGAAAAAUGAAAAGAUUAAAUAAAGAAACUUUUGUUCAAAAAAAAGAUUACAUAACACUUUUAGUGUAAAAAUAUGAAUUAUUCUAUUAAAUAUCUAAAUUAAUUUAAUUCUUUUAUAUUAAUAGUAACGACCUAAAUUUGCCUAACGCGUGAUGAAAGUUGCGUAAAUAAAUAAUAUCCCUCCCAACACCUCAAAUAUAAAGACUUCACUAAUAAUUUAAUAUUUGAACAAAUGUGAAAGUAUAAAAAUACAAACAUAAAAAUUAAAGUCUUCUUUGAAUGCUAUUCCCGGUGAGUAUUCUCAAUAACCUCUACAAACAUUUGUAAAUAAAAUGUUAGUAACAAAUAAAUAAUUACAAAAGGCAUGUGCACAUAUAUAUAUUUAAAAAUAUAAUUUUAUUGAAAAGCAGGCUCAGAUAAAGUUUUUUUUUUUUUUUAAAAGAUUUCAUCAUUAUCCAAAAAUUAUUUAUUACGUAUUUAUAUACGUAAUAUCCGUUUUUUUAUUUGCAAAGACUUCGAAAAUCAACAUAGAAUUUCUUCAUCGGCCAAUGUAAAAUAAAACUUUUUUUUAAACUAAAAAUUAAUAUCAAAUUAUCAAUAAAUAAAAUAAUAAUAAUGUUAAAGCAAUCCAAAACAAGUAGCAAAAAAAAAUAGCUAAAAAUCGUAGAAAUGUUGUCUAUUGAAAAACUCUAAGAGAAUAUAUUAUUGGUCCAAAUAAAUAGAACUAAUCGUAUGUGAAGACAAAAUAGAGCAACAUAAAGUCAAUGUCAUCCAUAAAAAAAAAAAAAUAAUAAUAAUGUAAACAUUUUCAAAACCAAAACAAGAUUAUGACUAAAAUGAACGUGUGAAUGGUAUCUUGACACCACGUUUUGAAUAAUUAAAGAUUUUAUUUGUGCACUAUUAAAGUUUAAGGUCAAAAUUAUAAUUUGGUGUCAAGUUUAGAAUCAUAUUUAUGUAUUAUCUUAAAAAUAAAAGCAAACAUUUAUAAAAAACUUUUCAACAACUCACUCAAAUAAAUUAAACAAUAUAUAUUUUUUUAGAACAACAUAAUGAUUAAAGUGACACAAUAAUUAAAGCAAUACAAUUAUUAAAGCAAGGCAAUAAUUAAAGUAAUAUAAUAAUUAAAGCAAAAUAAUAAUUUAAUGAUAAUAAUAAAUCUCAUAACAACCAAAUAAGCAAACAUGAAAAAAUAAAAUCCAUCUUUAUAACAAAAUGACCUCAAAUAUACGGAAAGAUAAUUUUAUUAGCCAGUAUUAGUCUUUAAUAUAAAAUAAUAAUUUUGAUAAAAUAAAAUUCAUCUUUUUAAUGGAGUGACCUCUAAUAUCCGACGGAGAAAUAAUUUCAUUGACAAGUGUUUAUAAUACUUGAAAAAUAACCAAAUUACAACUAAGAAAAAAAAUAAUAAAAUCCACAAGAUAAAUCCAAGGAAAACAAAAUUAGUAACUAAGUGUUAUGUUCAAAAUGCCAACAGUGGUCAAAUAAUCACCAAUUAUCAAGAACAAAAUCAACAAUGGCAAAAAAAAAUGUAAAAAGCUAAAACAAAUAUCCAAAUAAUUAUUAGAAAAAGAAAUAAAUUUAAAACAAAUAAAUUUAACCAAAUAGUUUGAACAAAAACAACGGAGCAAACAAUUUAUAUCUAAGAUUUAACAAUGAAAGUGGCCAGACCUGGAAUUUCGCCUGCCGAUGAUCAACUCCGGCAAGUCGCGAUGGAAAAGAGAGGAGGGAGCGGCGCGUGGUAGCUGGACGUUGGUUGUUGUGAUACGGGGAAAGGAAGGGUGGCGCGGUGGUGGUUUCUUAGUGGUGGUGCGGCUGGUAAGGGAAUUCUGCC